AAGUUAAUUUUUUCCAAAUAAAAUAUAAUAUUAUUAUUACAAUUAAUAUUAUUGUUUAUUAAUUUAUUAUAUUUACAAUUUACAUAUUAGGUACAUUACAAUGAAUUAGUUAACAUUUAUGAAAAUAAUUGAACUCGUGGCGAUAAUAUUUCGUCGACAUAAACAUCAUCGUACGCCAAAUGUCAAAUUCUAUGAAUUUUGUAUUUUUAUGAAUAGUAUUCAAUGGCAAAUUCAAAUAAAAUUAAAGCUCUGCUAUCUGAUUUGGGCAGAUCGACUAAAAGAGGUGUAAAAAAAUGCCCAUCAUGUGGAACAUACAAUGGAACAAGAACUGUGGUGUGCAAGACGUGUUAUCUAUUGUUAAAACCAAAUAAUAAAAGAGUUUCACCAUCUGAAGUGUGUCGACUACUUACACCUUGUUCGUCUCGGAUUUUUUCUUACAUAUCUUCUGAAAAUACUGAUUUUGAAGAAAGAGGAUUUAUUCAUUUUCCUGAUACUAAGAAUAAAGAAAUUAAUAAACUGGAUACAGGACUUUGUUUAGUCCGUUCUUGUGGUAGUCGCUCAUUUGAUAAUAAUAUCCUGAAAUGUCAUGAAAGCGUCUUAAAUACAAAUAUACAAAGUGAACCCUGCAAACACAUAGAGACUUGUUUUGAUUGUAAUACAAUUGGUGUAUCAUUGAAAAUCGACCAACAGAUUUUAGAAUCUUUUAGAGUUCCUCAAAAUGUAAAACAAGAAGUAUGGACAAAUUUUAUUGAUAACAAAAAACCAUAUUUACAACGUGUAUCAGAAAAUAUAUUUGUUGUUCGAUGCAAAAUCUCUACUCAAAACCCUUUGGGCUAUUUACAUUGUAUUAUUGGAAAAUACAAUAGAUGCUUUUGUUGUACUACUACAUUGGUUACAGUUGAUCAAAUGGAUCAAAUUCCAGAUUUAAAUACAUACUUUUGUUGUCACUACAUUGCAUGUUUAAGUGCUAUAGCAACUUCUCGAUACAUGGUACAAGAGUUUGAAAAAAAUCUUAAUCCUUUUGUAUCUGUUUCUACAUUGUCUGCAACUAUUGCUCAACUUGACAAUUUGCCAAAUGUCCAGGUUGCAAUGGCAGAAGAAAGUAAUGGGCCAGUCACAUUUUUUGAUGAUCAGAUGAUUAUCCCUAGUGAAACUUGCGUCUUAGAAAGCGUUACUCCUAAAUAUCAAAGAAUAGUUCCAAAUAUAUUAUCAAAAAAACGAUCUAAAAAAUCUCAAAACAACUCAAGAAUAAAGAAGAAAAGCUGUCACAAAGAGCCACAGCUCGUAAAUCCUAAUCCAGUAUUAAGUUUUGAAAAAUGGAUUUCUUCCGUUACAGAACGCAUUAAUCAAGAAAUGCAUUAUCAAUUUGAUGGUAAUCCACCAACCAUGGUGUUUCAUAUUCACAAGAUGUUUUUUGAGUGUUUGCGAGAACGUAUGUGUGUGGCUUCUGAAAAAAAACGUUUACCUAAUUAUACUUUGGUGUUUAUGAAGCGUGACUCAUUACCUUUAGGCACAUUCACAAAGUAUACUUGGCAUAUUACUAAUAUAAUGCUGAUAAAGAAAAUUUUUGAAACACCUUUAGUACCUCUUAAUAUUAGUCGCAGUUUCAUUAAAAACACAGAUGGUACGUAUGAUGCUUUCGAGCCUGAAAAGUAUGACAAUAUACCAACUGAUAAAUCUCAUCAACCAAUUCAACCAAAUGAUUUGAAGACAUUUCUGAAAGUUGGUAUUGUAAAUAAGCAUCAGAAAGAACCAACACCAUUUAUUAUCGAAUGGAUUCCUGAUGUUCUUCCUGUAACUGAGAUUGGUGAAUUAAGACUGACAUUCAAGUAUGGACAUAUGCCCCCAAAAGAAAAUACUUCUUAAUGUUAUAUAUUAUUUUGAAUUUCAUAUAAAUCAUAAACAUUAUUGCUGUAUUCACAAUACAUCAAAUCAUUUAACAAAUGUUAUUUAUAUACUUAACUAAUAUCUGUAAGUAUAUAGACUUCAUAUUUAAAAUAUAAGCACAUAAGUGUAGAUGCUAAAAAAUACUAUUUCAAUACUGAUGCUUUUAUUGUGCACUUUUAUAAAACUGAAACAUGUUUUAUAUUCCUCAUCCUUGUCAAACAAAAUGUUUAUAUUAUAAAUUCAUUUUUUGUUUUUUAACUUUUUAACAAUGUUUGUUUUUUUAUAUAAUUUAUGUAUGUUUGAAAUUAUUUAUAUUUAAAAUAUGUGCAAUAUAAAUUUUAUUUUUGUCCAUAUUAAAGUUAAAAAUAUUUUAUUUUGUUCUCAUCAUUGGGUCAAUUUUACAGUAUCAUAUGCAAAUCUUAACCCAUAAGGCAUAAGUAUUAUGGAUAAUUUUUUAAUAAAUGAUAUUUAAUAAAUAAUAAUAAAACAUUGAUUGAACAGUAAUAGUUUGUAUAGGCUUUUAGGCACAUGAAUAUAGUAUCUUUCUUGAACUGUGAUUUUCCUUAAAAAUAAAUUAUACAGUAUUUGGAAAUUUUAAUUUUAUAACACUUCACAGACAAGUCAUUAUUUAAAUUUACUGUAAAUAUUGAAAAACUGCAGUUUAUCUUAGAAUGAACAUAAUUUUAUCAUGAAAUAUUGAUAAUUUAUACAACAUAUAAUAUUAUGUUGAUAUUAUAACAAAUUUUAAUUUAUCAAUAAUCGAUUUGAUCAAUAUACAUUUUAUUAUGCUUAAUAUUUUAUUAAAUACCUAUGAAUGGGCGUUUAUCUAAUGUUUACUCAAUUAAUAAGACCGGGAAUCAGAAAUCAAUAAUUUUUUGAUGUUUACCUGAAGAAAAUAAAUGCAAAAUUAAAAUUAAUGAAAAUCUCAUUUAGUUAUUUCAUUAAAAUACAUUUCUUGUCUGAGGGACAGUUACUUUGUUUACAUGCUGCCACUUGGUAACUUCUUAUUUAGAAAAUCCGUUUUAACAACCUUUCUUAUCGACCACGAUAAUUAAUCAUAGUUUUCAAAUAUAUUUUAUAAAAUAAUAAAAAGAUAUAAAUACCUGGGUCUUAGCUUACCAAUUUAUAGAAUUAUCAGUAACAUUAAAGAUUUUAUUAUUCUAAGUGUAUGUAUCAAAAAUUAGGUCAAUUUUUUGGUACACAGUCAAGGGGUUAAGUCAAAUGUUGACAUAAUGUAUUUUAUUUCUAAUAAAUGAGGUCUCUUUUUGGUAAAAAAAGAUUAGGUCUAACACUUUUCUUCUUCAAACAAAUUUAGUUUAAUGCACUCGGUAUAAAUUAAUUACUUCAUUUUAAUACAAUUUGUGGUAUAUUUUAUUUAGUUUGAUUUAAAAAAUAAAUAUAUUUGAACAAUACAAUUCCAACACUAUUUAUGACUGAUUUUAAAAUGGCCAAUAAGGAUUAAGCUAUAAAUAAUUAAGUCUUAAGUUAAUAAUAAUAGACUAAGUUAUACCAUAGGAUUGUAACAAGUAGUCAA